AUACAAGUUGUAACUAAACCGGAAGUUGGCCGGGCUGCCUCCGCUUCUCAAGAUGGCAGUUCCUGGAUUCACUCUGGGUAUCUCUAUACUUCUGCUGUACACUAGUCCUGUGGCUAAUUAUCCCAAUGGAAAAGUAGCACAGUCGUGCCAUGGAAUGGUUCCUGAACAUGGUCACAGCCCACAGUCUUAUCCUGUACACCGCCUUGCAGUGAGUCGGAUGACGUUCAGACCCGGAGAUCAAAUCAAAGUUACUUUGUCAGGGCGCCCAUUUAAAGGCUUUCUCUUAGAAGCUCGUGAUGCUGAGGAUGUGAGUGGCCCUCCUGUCGGCUCCUUCACGUGGAAUGGCAGUCAAGAGAUACAGCUUCUGAACUGCAAAGAUGUAGAGGGAUCAGCGGUGAGUCAUACAAAUCCAUCCAAAAAAACAGAAAUUGAAGUCUACUGGAAUGCUCCCAGCAGUGCUUCUAAUCACAUACAGUUUCUAGUCACGGUUGUCGAGAAGUAUAAAAUCUACUGGGUGAAGAUUCCUGGCCCUGUAAUUUCACAGCCGGAUGCACCUCCUUUUACACCUACAACAACAAUCGUACCUUUGUCAACAUUACUUCCUCCUGUCUCCCAUUUAACCAAACCAUUCAAUGCUUCAGGCUGUGGGAACAAGAAGUUCUGUAUUAGGAGUCCUUUGAACUGUGACCCAGAGCAGGAGCAUGCCUGCGUCUUCUUGUCCUUCACAAGAGAUGGCCACUCGGUGAUGGUGGAAAUGAGCGGACCCAGUAAUGGCUACUUAUCCUUUGCGUUUUCUCACGACCGAUGGAUGGGUGAUGAUGAUGAUGCAUACUUGUGUAUUCAUGAAGAUCAGACUGUGGUCAUACAGCCAUCCCAUUUGACUGGACGAAGUCCCCCUGUGAUGGACCCCAGGGGUCCUCUUGAGGAUAUGGCUUGGAGGCUGGCGGACGGUAUUAUGCAGUGCUCUUUCAGAAGAAACAUUACCCUUCCUGGGGUUAAGAAUAGAUUUGAUCUAAACACAAGCUACUACAUAUUUCUAGCAGAUGGUGCAGCUAAUGAUGGUAGAAUUUAUAAGCAUACUCAGCACCCGUUGAUUACAUAUGAAAAAUAUGACGUGACAGGUGAUCCAAAAAACGUAGGAGGAUCUCACUCUUCGCUUCUUUUGAAGGCUCAUGGUGCCCUAAUGUUUGUGGCGUGGAUGACUACUGUCAGCACAGGUGUACUGAUUGCCCGGUUCUUCAGAUCUGUUUGGUCGAAAGCUUUCUUCCUUGGUGAAGCAGCUUGGUUUCAGGUGCAUCGGAUGCUCAUGUUCACUACAUCCGCUCUCACCUGCGUUGCUUUUGUUAUGCCUUUCGUAUACAGAGGAGGCUGGAGCUGGCAUGCAGGUUAUCACCCCUACCUUGGUUGCAUAGUGAUGACUAUUGCAGUUCUUCAGCCUUUUCUGGCAGCCUUCAGGCCACCUAUACAUGACCCAAGGAGGCAAAUGUUUAACUGGACUCACUGGAGUAUGGGAACAGCUGCUAGAAUAAUAGCAGUGGCAGCCAUGUUCCUGGGAAUGGAUUUACCAGGACUGAAUCUUCCUUAUCCACGGAAAACCUAUGCCAUGAUUGGAUUUGUAGCCUGGCAUGUUGGGACUGAAAUUAUUUUGGAGAUACAUGCUUACCGACUCUCUCGAAAAGUUGAAAUAUUGGAUGAUGUUAGAAUUCAGAUCCUUCAGUCAUUUACUACGGCAGAAGCAGAGGGUCAUGCUUUUAAAAAGGCAGUGUUGGCAAUUUAUGUCUGUGGAAAUGUGACUUUUCUCAUCAUAUUCUUAUCUGCAAUCAACCAUCUAUGAGCAAGUGAAAUCUUGGGCUGUCGUAGGCCAUGGGAUAAUUAUCAUCAAACCAAAGAAACUUGAAGCCUGUACUGACUGCCUGGGGUAUAUUUAUGAAUUCUAAUUUGAAAGGCCAGGAUCAUGUCUAUAGAGGAAUUAUGAAAUCUGGUUUUUAAAAGAGAUGAACAUUCAAGAGGGUCAUAUGGAUUAUAAACUCACAUCAAGCCCUUGUGCGUUAUUCUCAGUUUUAAAGGGAAGGUUGUACUUGAAGAGAAAUGCCAAGAUUUUAAGAAUUCUAGCAUUGAAAAAAAUAAAUAAGAAUGAUUUGGAAAAGCAAAACAGAGGUCACUGAGGUAAAAAGGAAGUUGUAUUAAGAUAAAUAAAUUUUGGACUUCAAAGGUGCUGUGGUAUUUAAAAAAAAAAGUUUUUUUCCCUUGUGGUUUGUCUGAAUGGUCUCUGUACUUUUUUUUUUUUAAAUAGAAACUAUGUUUUUCAGUCCAUUUUUGAAUAUGGCCUUUUCUUAAUUUUUUUACUUCCCUGUUAAAAGUGGAAGUGGGGCUGACCCCAUGGUAGGUUUUAUUAACCUUUAAAUAUAUUAUGAGUAUUGUAACGUCUUUCUUUGCAAUGAAAUGCAAGUAUGCAUCUUCUAAUUAAAGAUUCUCUUUAUAUAUCCAGCUACAGAAAUGAAAUGACAUUUUGCCCAUUUAUUGUUUUAAUUAUAAAGUUUAAGUCCUUAUAGCCUUUAGACAUUGUAGAUUUACAUUUCAAAGGUGAUAAAACUCACCCUGUGAACAUUUUUAACAGUUAAACAGCUAUUUUCUUUCAUUGUGUAAAUAAAAUGUGUGCUUCUGUUUUGUUAGAAGUUCCUGAUAGUCUAAUAAAUCAGAAUAGUCAGUAUUUUCCUUUCUAUUCAAAUAAUCCUCUAUUUUAUGACGAGGUGUCUUAUAUGCUAUGGGGACAUUAAGCCAGUGGGUGGCGCUAUCAUACCGAGGUACUGCUUCGUUCCUGUUUUCCCUGUGUGGUGCUUUUCCUUAAAUUCCACCAACUCUUAAUCUUUUUCGAAACAUUUCUUCUUCUUCUUUUUAAUGUGUGUGUGUCAUAUUUAUGGGUUAGAAACUCACAUUAGGGGCCAACAUUAUUUUCUAGCUUUUUUUCCCCCUGUUGAUUAUAUAGUUCCGGUUACAUUUCCCUGAUUCUGUGACAAAUGAAUACAGCUAUCUUAGGGAAAGGAAAUAAACAAAGCUUGGUGUUUGGAAAAUAAAACAGGGAGUCAUACUUUUCUUAUUUAGGUGUUGUUUUUGAUGACGUUACAGAUUCUGCUGGGCUCUACAACCUCCUUUCUAGCUGGUGUAGAUGAUAGCCCCAACUGUGUAUCCUUUUACUGUUUAAAAUGAUAUGGAAGUUGUUUGUUUUUGUUCCUUAAACAGGUGCUUAUCAUAAGUAGCUUUGGGAUUUAGAUGUGAACUCUGUGUUCAUGUUCUUGAAGAUGCCUUGCUACUAACAGCCUGAACUUUUCUUUUGAAGAUCUUAAAAAAAAAUUUAGUAUAGCAAGUUAAAUGUCUGCUGAGAUGUCUUCCUCCAACUUUCCAUUAUCGGGAGUUUAAAGGUUAAUGAAUUUCUCUGUUUUAUUCCAUAUCUGACAAGAAAAAAAAAAACUUUAGGGGAAAGAUGAGACUAUGUGUGUUUGGCUUUCAACGAUGUGAGCUUGCUGGAUUUUCAGUGCUAAGAUAUUUUAACUUUUCAGUUUCACUGAUUCAGUUGUUUUUGCUACUUUGAUACUUCAUUAACUGACAUACAGAGUUGCUCAAAGAAGUCUUUGUCAUUUACUCUUUUGUUUUUCAUUUAAAAUGUCUUUCUUUCAUGAUAGAGACGGAGAGAGAAGAGAAAGACAAGCACCCUCGCAGGGUCCCAUGCCUCAGUCCCUCCCCAGCCUUUCCUUUCAGCCCUGAUUACAAAUGUGCAGGUCCCUGGAACGUUUGGGUAACCAAACCCAUAAUCUUCCAUAUGGAUCCAGCGUCACUGAGCAGCGUGUUACCAUCGUGCCACCGGCUGGCCCUGUCAUUUAAUCUUAAUAAACCAAAUCUUUCAUGAAGACCAAAUUAUGAUUCUUUUGCUUAGGAGUGGCUGGUAUCCACAAGUUGCAAAUGCCUAUUCUUCAUUUCUGUCAGUUUUCUUCUUGCUUUUAUAAUAAAGAAUCUGUGUAGAUUUUUAAAAAAAGUAUUUCUUUUGAUAGGAAUUAUUGUUAAAGUAAAUGCCUUAUCUUUAGCAAAGUAGUGAGCAAAAUCCUGUUUUCUUCUUAAAGAAGGGAUGCCCUAUAAAAUUAAAGAUGAGUAUGAGCAUGCAUUUCAAAAAAAAAUGAAAUAAAUUCUGGAAAAAUGAUAUUUGGGGCAGAAUUCAUAACUGAGGCUAUUUUAAUUUUUAUUAUUUUAAUUUUAUUAUUUUCUGGUUUAUGAAAAUCCAUCUUAAAGGGCAUGUCUUUUUGAAUAAAUGAAUCCAGUUAGCUUUGGUGCUUAUUUGUUUUUUUCCUCAGGAAUUUUGGCUCUAAUGGUGCUAAUUGACACCUCAUCCCUUUCACAUCCUGCUCCAGUCCAGGAUCCAGUCAGAAAGGACAAAGGUAGCACAUGCCAACCAGGAAGCUCCAGGGGGCACAGGUAGCUUUUGGCUGAAAUUCUAUUUAUCUGUGUAUUCUGCUGAGGAAGGAAAAAGAAAAAGAACAAAGGUCUUUGUUUAAGAUAAUCCAUUAUAGAUGGUAAUGAAAGAAAAGAUUCUUCUAAAUUAUUUUCAAAUGACAGAUUAGGAUACUCACUGUUCCUCUUCAUAUCCUGCUGUGUUCUUCCUUGCCCAACCCCCACCAAACUCGUCUCUGCAUCCAGGUCACUGAUAGUCUCCUGGUUGGCAUACCUUUUCUGUUCCUCUCUUCCUAGCAGAAGCUGGUUUAUCACAUUCUGACUCCAGCUCUUUCUUUUCCUUGGAGUCUUUCCUGACUCUAUCCAACCUGGGUCUCUUCUUCACCUGGCCACCCUUACAAAAGUGGUGAUGGUAUGAGAGGCAGCUGAUCUUGUAAAUGAAAAAGGUCUGGGGGUGCCAGCAAGUUGCAUGGUGGUUAAGGUGCUGGACUCCCACAGGGUCGACUGUGGUUUGAGUCCCAGACCCACUGACUUGAAAAUCACGCUGGGUGCAUG